AUGUCUUUCUUUCGUCUUUUUAGUUCGUUUCUUCCUUUUGUGUUUUCAUUCUUUUCUCCUUUUACAUUAAUUACACUUUUCAAUUCUAUUUUUUCUCCCUUUUUAAAUUCUUUCUUUCUUCUUUAUUCUGUCUCUUCAUUUUUAUUCCUUCAUUUUUCUUUCAUUUUUAAUUCAUUUCUAUUUCCUUGUAUCGUUCUUAUAUAUUCAUUCCAUAUCCUUUUCUUCCCUUCAUUCUAUUUAAUUAUUUAUUAUUUCCUUUCUUUCUGUCAACUUUUAACUUUAUUCUUAUUUACUUUCUUUCAUUGUUCUUUAUCAUUCUUUCCUAUAUCCUUUACUUACUUUAUUCAUUCUAAUGAUUUUGUUCAUUCUCAUCUCCAUUCUUUUCUUCCUUCUUUUCAAAUACAUUCUAAUCUUUAUUUUUCUUUCUUUCAUCUUUUUAAGUUUCUCUUUCUUUAUCAAUUCCUUCAUUUUCUUCCUUCCUUCUUUACACUUACUUUUUUCUAUAUUUCUUCCAUCAUUAAUUCCUUUUUCUCACUUUCUUUCUUCAUUCCUUUCUUUAUAUUUUUUAUUUUUUUCCUUUCUAUAUUUCUUCACUAUUUUCAUUCGUUUUUCUUUUAUCAACUUUUUAUUCAUUUCAUCAUUCUUUCCUUUAUUUCCUGUUCUUUGCCUUUCUUAUUUUAUUUCUCCCUUCGCAUUUUUCAUUUUUUUUUUCAUUUCCUUAUGUUUCUUUCUUUUUUUUUCCUUCAUUUUUUCCAGUCCAUAAUUCCUUCAUUCAUCCCAUUUCCUUUGAUUCUUUCACUUUUCUUCUUUUCCGGCACUUUCCUGGUUUCCUUUUUUAGCUCUCUUUUUUUAUUCUUUCUUUUCAUUCUUCUUUCCAUAUGUCUAUUUUUCUUUCUUCAUUACUUCUUAGAAAACUUUUCAGUCUCCAGCUCAGCAAAAGUUUAA